GGCCCGGGCAGCAAGGCGGACGUGUUUCGGCGGCGCCUGCACCUGCUGCUGGCGCGCACGGCCCGCCACCGUCGCUUCGCCGUGCCGCUGCUGCCCCUGGGGAGCGCGGAGCAGCAGCAGUACACUGAGCUGACGCCGGUGCAGGCGCUGGUGGGCGGCACAGCGGUGUCGCAGCAGCGGCGGCACGUGGCGGGGGUGCUGUCGCAGCUGGAGGACGGGCGCUUCUUCCUAGAGGACCUGGCUGCCGCGCUGCCGCUCGACCUCGCACAUGCCACACCGUCCAUCGGCUACUUCACGGAGAAUUCAGUGGUCAUUGCAGCGGGGCAACUCACACCCUCCGGCUGCUUCAAGGUGACCUCCCUGGAGUUCCCCCCUUUGGAGCCAAGAGAGGAGGCUCUUUCUCUCGCAGAGGGCUUUGACUUCUUUGGAGCAGGUCCCAUUGACUCCGACAGAUAUGCGUGGAUACAGCAGCGCGAGGCGGAGGGCGUGUCGGAGGGUGUUAUGUUCAUCGUUAUUGCUGGCAUCGCGCUCGACCACCCCCAGACCCUGUCGCGCCUGGCGACGGUGUUCAGUGGCUACGACGCCAUGGACCCCCCUCCGCGCCUCUUCCUGCUGCUGGGAGACUUUUUCACCACGCCCUGGAGCCUCGCCUCGCACCAACUGCACGCGCACAGGGAGGCCUUUGCUCAGCUUGCCCGGAUCAUCGCAUCCAAUCGCCGGCUCAAGGAGAAGUCCCUCUUUGUCUUUGUCCCGGGGCAAGGCGACCCAGGCCCAUGCUCCGUGCUGCCGCGUCCGCCUCUGCCGCGCUUCUUCACAGAUCCCAUCACGGAUGCCCUCCCCUCUGCUCUCUUCACCUCCAACCCCUCAAGGUUAAAGUUCUUCUGUCAGGAGGUGGUCAUUCUGCGCUCUGACUUGCAGCGCCACAUGCAGCGCUGCGCCGUGCUGCCCCCACUCAAAGACGCCGCUGACCCUUUCACCCAUCUUGCCACCACAGUGGUGCACCAGGCGCACCUGAGCCCCCUCCCCCUGACAUCCCAGCCUGUGUUCUGGGACUACGACUUUACCCUGCACCUCUUCCCUGCACCACAUGUGUUGAUUCUGGCAGAUGCAGCUGAUCAGGGCAGCACAGUGGUGAAUGAUGUCACCUGCAUCAACCCAGGUUCCUUCUCCCUAGAUGGCACCUUCACUGCGUACUACCCGGCCACACGGACGGUCGAGCACUGUAACGUGUGAUGUUUUUUCUGCCUGCACAGUGUGCCGAUAAAGUUGUACGCUUGUACAUGUGAAUUUCUUCAUUCAAUAAUUUUACCUCCUCUCUUCCUUAAACCCAUGGGCUAUGGCUUUCUUUUAUAUUGCU